CCAUGUUGCCGCUGGGCGAUGCGGCGGGCGGCCCCCCGGGGGGCUGCGGCCCCGCGGCCGUGCUGGGGGUGGCGGCCCCGGUGCCGCUGUCCCCCCGCGGCCCCCCCGCCCGGCAGAGCCUGCGGCCGCUGCCCGUGCGCACCGCCACCCGCCGCGGCCGCCUGCGGGACUUCUUCGUGUUCCGGCCCGGAGCCGUCGAGCAGGCGGUCGGCGAGAUCCGCGCCGUGCUGACGCCCGCCGAGGACGGGGAGGUGCAGAGCGUGUGGCUGCUGGCGGAAAUUGAUCACUGGAACAACGAGAAGGAGCGUCUCGUUCUCAUCACAGAUCGGUCCCUUCUGAUCUGCAAAUACGACUUCAUCAGCCUGCAGUGCCAGCACGUGACGAGGAUUUCACUCAAUGCAGUUGAUACCAUCUCUGUAGGAGAGUUUGAGUUCCCACCUAAAUCUCUGAACAAGCGAGAAGGUAUUGGGGUUCGUAUUCAGUGGGACAAGCAAAGCCGUGCCUCCUUCAUCAGCCGAUGGAACCCGUGGUCAACAAGUGUCCCGUACGCCACCUUCACCGAACAUCCCAUGGCAGAUGCUGAUGAGAAGAUCACAUCCCUUUGUCUAUUGGAAAAUUUUAAAACCCAGCUAAUUCAAGCUGUGAAGAAGGCCCAUAAGGAGUGUCCAUUGCCAGGAAGGGCUAACGGUGUGCUAGUGCUGGAGCGUCCUCUUCUGAUCGAAACGUACCUGGGAUUGAUGUCCUUCAUCAACAAUGAAGCCAAACUCGGCUACUCCAUGACAAGAGGCAAAAUUGGAUUUUAAAAUUCAUUGCAUUUAAUCUUUUCAAGGGAAAGUGAUUUUAUAUUAGUCUCCUGGGGAGAGUACACACUGUGGCAGAAUAUUUGAUAAUCAAAGGGGAAAAAUUACAGGAAUGAAAGGGGGUGGUUGUAGAACUAAUAGGUCCCAGGAGGCCCUGGUUGUUAAGGAAGUCACUAGAAUGCACAAGCCAGCUUAACCUGAAGCGGACACAAGGUGGUGUCACUCUUGUGUUUUGUAUUUAACUUACAGUUCUUACUGGGUCUUAGACAGGGCCAGCGAGCAGUCGUUAUUUCCUCUUCCAUUUCUAACUACAUGUUCUUCCCGGUUAAUUCCAUGCGAUUGAUUUCUGCUGCAAACACUCUACACAGCUAUCCAAGAUACUGCAGCAUGUUCAUGCCAUAUUACAGUGCCCUAUACAGUGUCAAAUCAUGUGGUGUGCUUGAGAUUGUUUAGAGAGGUAUUAGUGCCUCAGUUACAGUAAUCUUAGCAUUUUGAUUAAUGCCUGUUAAGAAUUCUGAAAGCUGUGUCAGUCAUUCUUUAGGAAAGCAGUCAGCAAAUUUUGUUAAAGCUGUACUGCUGCAUCUGCUCAGGAGCAGUGUACACGAACCAUUACUUUGUAAAUGGAAGUAUAUGGCUGAAUAUAUUAGCUUUUUGUAAAGAAUAGCUCCCUUUCUCCCUGGAAUCUAACUUGCCAUUUUCUUACAUGUUUUCUUGCUGCAACCAUAGACUAAAGACUAUCUUGAAUGUUGCCAAAAGCCUCGUAAACAUUUACCUUUGAAGUUAUUAUUUAGAAGAACAGUUUUACAACUUAAAGUAAUUCUACUUUGAUUAGAUUUAUAGUCUUUGUAAUUUUUCCUAAAUUUAUGGUGGUUUGGGACAGCAGCAGUACAGGACUUCCUAAUACCUAAAAAUUUAAGCACUGUGUCAGUCUUGGUUUAUACUUUCUUGCACUUACCCUCAUACUAGUCUCUAGUACCCCAUUUCAGGAGUGGUGCAAGAGAUACUAAAACCAGAAUUACUCCUGAGGUUACCGUAACAAGCUUGGCCAUUGCAUAGGACUUUCUAUACACCCUGGUCUAUCAGAGCAUUUGUCUGCAUAACUACAAUACUGAGUAAGUGCUGUGCUGCAGUGGUAUUUUCUUGAACUGAAAGUAGGUGUGGAUUUCUGAAAUUUAUAUAAAGCUGAAAUCAUGAUGGAAUGCAACAAGCUGCUUGCCCCUCUCAAUGCAUUUUCUAAGGUAUCUAUUUAUUUUAUCUUGCAAUAAAGUUAAAUGCAA